AUGCUCUUAAUGUAUUAUCACAUAGGAUUUGCUGGUUUAAUUCUCAUAAUUCAAUUGUAUUUGCUAUACAGAAUGUAUAGUAAAAAGAAUUUAAUCAAUACUUCAGCAAUUACUCCAUCUCAUAAUAAUAAGACAGUUCCUUUAAGUAGAACUCAUCUUUCCACUCAUAGAUCUUCAAAACAUUCUGCAUAAUCAGAGGAUCAUUAAAUUAUCACCUUAUAAAAUACACAACGAUUACACAGAACUCUUUAAAAAAAAGGAACAUUUACAAUAGAGUCAGUACCUGAAACCAAUUAAUAAGGUAGAAAUAGUAUUAAAUCAAAUAAUGCUGUCUCUCCAGCUAAAAGCAUUCUUAAAACACCUACAUUAAUAAGAAAAAACUCUGGCUACCAAAUCAUUAAAACAAAACAUAGAAUGGAAACUUAAUAAUUUCAUCAACCUAUUCCUAAUAAUCUACCUACUAUUCCAUCUUUAUAAGAAUUACCAGAUUCUGUUAGAUAAAGUGAAAUCAAAUUAAUUGGAGAAAUCAAAUAAAAUUAAGAUUAUACAUAAAAUUAUUUUUAUACCAAUACUGUUUAUAGAGUAUUAACUAGAUGUGUUAUUUCUUAAGGAUUAAUUGGAUGCUUUCUACUUUUAGGAUUGCAUCCUGCCUUAUGUGUAUUAAUUGAUUUAGUUAUUGUUUGGAUUUUCAGAUUCUUUUAAUCAAAUAGAAAAUGGGUUCAAGUAAUCUAAUUAUUCAUUAGCUUUGGAUUUGACAUUUCUAUUCUACUCAUUAUUUAAAUAGAUAUCACUUGGACAAUUUCAUUUAUAGUACUUGCUGUUAUUGAUUCAAUCUUAGAGAUUAUUAUAAUCAAAACUUAAAACUCUCAUUCUUAAGAAACCAUUCAAACUCAAAACUGA